AUGGCUGCUUUGGCUUCACCUCAGUCGUUGACUUCAUCGCCUGCAUCCAAUAUGUCUUCCCGCUCCUCGUCGCGACCAUCACUGUCGCUCGAUGUUGCCAACCUUCCCCCACUUUCCCAGCCAACACCCCCCUCAAACACUCUCCUUAUCACCGACCUCCACGAUCUACUGGUCUUCCAACCUCCGGCUCUGGAAGAAAUCCGCAAGCAAAUCACAGCCGUGGCUCCUCUAAACUCUUUUUCGCCGUUGCCGUCCAUGCGCCGCAUUGUCUGCUCUUUCCACAAUGAUGAAGCCGCCAUCGCGAUCCGCAAACUACUUGACGGCAAGCAACUCCUCAAUCGGAACGUGCAUCCACGAAUCUACUUCGGCGAGCCAACCCCGAUCCUCGAUGGUGGCCGGCCCAAGCUCCUUGAGGCCCCGCAAGCCUCCAAGAUGUUCUUCAUCUCCCCGCCUCCCAGCCCACCCCACGGCUGGACUAUGCGUAACGAGGACCCGCCCAACAAGGAAGUCCACGCCUCGGAUCUGGCACAUGCCCUGUCCAUGCUGAAGACCGAUCACAUCCAGUCUGCUCAGUCUGCGAUCAACCCCGAAAUCCCUGCCACCCCCGCCACACCCGCUUCUGCCGCCUCCAACAAGCGCACACCCAGCUGGCCUCUUGCGGGCCCCCAGCAGCGUAGCCGGAGCAGCACUAUCAUCUACAACCCCUCGGACCACGGCGGUAGCCCCGAUCUCCCUGCUGUUAUGGUCGAGGAUAUGACUUUGAACAUUGAUGAUGUGGACAUGGAUCUGGACAUGAGCCCAAUCGAAAUGUCCGUGAAACAAAUGCCUCCUAAGACUUCUCGUCCCCCGGUCGAGCUUAUGGAGUAA